AUGAAUGCCGACAAAUCCUUGGCCAUGGUAGGCCUUCCGAAGACGGACAGCGACCUGACCGCCAAGGGUGAAGACAGCAUCGUGCAGGCAUACAUCUCCACAAUGCGUAAGCUGGACUCGGACUGGCUCGACGCUGAGGCGAAUGAGUACUGGCGCCAGGCCGGCAGCAUCUGCUACACGGAGGCCGAGUUCCGCGCCAGCGAGCAGGGUCGUGCCACGGCCGACGACGGGCUGUACCUGCUGCAGCAGUUCGACAAGGAUACGCUGCCACCGGUGCCGUAUUCACUCGUUCAAACGGACGAGCAGGCCAGGACGGCUAGACCGCUACACGGCCUCAAGCUGCUGGACAUCUCGCGGGUCAUUGCGGCGCCGACGAUCGCCAAGCUGGCGGCCCUCUUUGGCGCCACGGUGAUACGUGUCUCGUGCGCCUCUCAGCCCGACAUGGGCCCGCUGUUGGUGGAUGGCAACCUCGGGAAGCGCGACGUGAGCCUGGACCUCAAGAGCGAUGACGGUCGCGAGACGCUUCGUCGACUGGUCGCUGACGCCGACAUCGUUCUCGAUGGCUACCGGCCAGGAGCACUGGAGCGGCUCGGCUUUGGCGUCGCGUAUCUGCACACGCUGGCACGACGGCGUGGUCGUGGCAUCGUGGUCGUGCGCGAGAACUGCUACGGCUGGCACGGUCCCUGGGCUCACCGGGCUGGCUGGCAGCAGAUCUCUGACUGCGUCACGGGCGUCGCCUGGGCCAUGGGCCGGUUUCUCGAUCUCGAUGAGCCCGUCGUGCCGCCGCUGCCCAACUCCGACUACCAGACCGGCCUCGCCGGCCUCAUCGGCAUCAUGGCUGCAGUCGACAGGCGUGCGACCGAGGGCGGCUCCUACACGGUCGACGUGUCUCUGAACCAGUACAAUCAGUUCCUGCUUCAGCUAGGGGCUCAUACUCCGGCAGUGCAGAGGCAUCUUCGAGCGCUGCAUCCUCAGUUCGGGCCGCGCCACUUUGACGACAUGACGCGACUGACAGGCAAGGUUCUGAGGAGCAUGUACGGGUCGGUGCCGCAGCUGUUCAAGCCGGAAUACUUUAGCCACAUAGUCAGCAAUCUCAGUGGCGACGACGGUACACCGGAGACACUGACGUAUGUAUUGUCCGCUGCCACCUACGAUGCAACUCGCCUUGGAUACGAUGUCGGAAGCUGCUUCCUUGGAGCGUAUGCGCCAGAGUGGCCUUGA